AUGCCAGUUCGGUGCCAGGAGAGCCCGGUACUGGCAGGUAGCGCCACCUUGGCCACCUUGGGGCUAAUGAUUCUGUACUUUGCGCAGCCCUCGACCUACGGGAAGUUGAGCCCGAGAUCGGCGCGCGGGGCUCCCUGCCUCCCCGCCCGCGCUGCCUGGUUCCUGCAGGAGCUGCCUUCCUUCGCGGUCCCGGCGGGGAUCCUUUUCCAGCAGCCCCGCUUUCUCUUCGGGCCGCCCGAGACUGUGCUUCUGGGGCUCUUCUGCGCACAUUACUUUCACAGGACUUUUAUUUACUCAUUUCUCACUAGAGGGAGGCCUUAUCCAGCAGUGAUCCUUUUCCAAGGAAUAGUCUUCUGCAUUGGAAAUGGAUUCCUUCAAAGCUACUAUCUGAUCUACUGUGCAGAAUACCCUGAAGAGUGGUUCACAGAUAUCCGGUUUAGCUUGGGUGUCUUCCUGUUUAUUUUGGGAAUGGGAAUCAACAUUCAUAGUGACCAUACCUUGCGCCAGCUCAGAAAGCCUGGAGAAGUCACUUACAGGAUUCCACAAGGUGGCUUGUUUACGUAUGUUUCUGGAGCGAAUUUCCUUGGUGAGAUCAUUGAAUGGAUCGGCUACGCCUUGGCCACUUGGUCUCUUCCAGGACUUGCUUUUGCAUUUUUCUCACUCUGUUUCCUUGGGCUUCGAGCUGUUUACCACCACAGGUUCUACUGCAAGGUGUUUGAGGACUACCCGAAAUCUCGGAAAGCCCUCAUUCCAUUCAUCUUUUAGAGAAACCCAGUGAAAGCGGAGCAGAGGUCACACAAUACCAGUGGAAACUGUCAAGCUGCUGAAAGUGUGAUUUGUAAAGUUCCACCAUACACAUAUAUUAAAUAUACACAUACACGGAUGCAUGUAACUAUACUGAUAUCCAUAUAAAACACACAUAAUAUCAGGUCUCCUGUUCUGCCUGCUGGCGUGAAUUCUGAAUGGUGCCUGCUUAACAUUCUCCCUCCCUGCCGGGGACUGUAACCUAAUUUCCCAUUGGAGCUUCAGAGAAGCUUUCUCCAGAUGAAGACCGUUUCUUAACUAUCCCUAGAAAGUACAAAACUCCCCUCAUGUGUUUUUCUCAUUGGAUGAUCUGAGUCCAUGUGGCUUCUUCCUGCUCUGAAUCCUUGUGGGCCAGCUCUGUAGUUGAGACUGUUUUGGGUAAGGCAGUGCUCGUGAGCUUACUAAAGGUGUAUAUAUUCUGUACUUACACACAACAGUAGAGAUUUAAAUUCUGAAUCCAUGUAAUGUCAAGCAUAGCCACUCCUAAGUGAAAACCUAGCUAUUCCUUCUCUUUCCUUGUCAAUUAGGAGAAAUAUAAGACCAGAUGUUGAAUAAAGAAGUCUUCCUUAUGUGGGUGAAAAGGUACUGGCACCUUGACUCCGGUUAAAAUCUGUGUCUUCACUGAUGAACACCGUGGUCUUCCAGAAGAUUCCGCAAUCCCCACUAUAGACAACAUAGCCUGAUCCAGAAGACUGGUGUGGGUUUUCUUAAGGACAAGGCUUUAAUGGCCACAAAGAAAAAGACAUGGACCUGAAUGGCUCCUGAGAGAAUUAAGGAAUGCUUUGUGGGGGACACUGCAAACUCUAAUGUUCUAGGAGACUGAUGGGAAAUGUCACACAGGAGAAGCCAGUAAGACUCAUGACAUUUGUCUUGACGAGGUGUCUACGAUGACAUGACAUCUGAAGUACUGAGCAACUUUCCUCUUCUAGAAUUUCGUCCCCACGGUCCUUAGGAACACAAGUCCCAGGGGUACCUGAACUUCAGCCCUCAAAGGUCUCAACAGAAGAAGCUGAAAACUACAGACA